AUGCGAACACAGCCUAUUUGGAUGGAUGUGAAGACUGUUCCACUCUUUGGUAAGAGCAUUGCCGAGUUGCCGAAAGGACAAGGCGUCGAAGUUGGGAGGGUGUGGCCAAACAGCUGGACAGAGGUCAAGGCAAGGACUUUGUGUGAGAAGGUUUUUCAGGAAUCGCGAUCAGUACAAGUGUGCAAGAAUGUGAAAGGCGUUGACAUCAGCGGAAGCAUUGAAAACUGUAUCCUGGACAUUCAGUUGACAGGCACCACAGACUUUUUUCGAUUCUCUGUCGACACGGUGAGAGACAAAUGUCUACACGAGGUGUUGGUUGACCCUGCACUCUGGGUGAAAAGUGGGGAGAAUAACACGUCAGCCUAUGACAUCGUUGUCGCCGAGGCUUGUCUGAACGACUGCAGCGGAAAAGGAACAUGUACAAGUGGUGCUUGUAUAUGCCAACCCAACUAUGGCGGCUCUGACUGUUCUGUUGACCUCACAACACCCCCACGAUUGGCUGAUUCGGAUACCGUUGAAACAUGCGAUAUGUCACGUGAUGCAUGUGGCGUUGUUCCCGUGAAAGGCGAGACGUUUAUCGAAGGUGUUUCAAGAUGUUUGGUUGAAGAGAUUAGGGUCAGAAAAUCUGGACAAGACAUCGUUGGAUCAAACGUACACAUGGCAACCGUGGUCGACAUCGGCCAUGCGCAGUGCAAAAUCGCUACCUAUGACAACACCGAACUUGAGGACGUCGAGUGCCUGCGUACCUACCGGAUAUCCGUUUCCAACAAUGCCUGUAGCUAUGGUAGCAGCGUGGGCCUGAUUGUGUUUAACAGUACAUGUAUGCUAACUAAUGGUGGCCGGGAAACAAAGUUAAACAGGAGAGUGAAGGUAUAUUAA